AAUAAUUCAUAUAACGAAAUGAUCAAAGUAUGUCUGUGUGAUAGAGUCCAACUUUUAUGGAAACAUUUCGCUGACAUUGAAUCGUAAAUGUACAACAUUUGGGAUGACGGAAGAAAUAUACGGACUUUCAUAGAUGCAUAUGGGAAAUUUAAAAUUUAAAGAAUCGCGCUAUCACAAAACUGCAGAUAUCGCGUUAUAAUAAUUCAAUUGCUGAUACGCUAACUCGAUUAAAUUCGAUUGCAAUGAUGACAUCUUCAGUCGGUUCGCGUGCUAGUUUUGUUUGUAGUUUCAUCGUACCACGCGUAAGCGGUAUUUUAUGCCGAGUUCGGGUAGGUAGGUAGGCGAACACUCACAGAGAGAGAGAGAGCGAGCGAGAUAGUAAACGGCUCUCCAGAAGAACCAUCGUCAAUGUUUUUAAAAUAUACUCCUUUCGAUCGAAACGAUUUGGGUAACUCGACAAUAUCUCGUAUGUAAAUCCACUAGCGCAGAUGACGUUUCACGGUGACAUUGCGGUUAAUCCUCGAGAGAAGCAACAACGGCAAAGUAAACGGUAAAGUUUCCAUAUCUUUGACGUAUCAAAAUGUCUCACGUGCUUUGUUUAAAAAAAAUACCCUGAUUUUUGCUCAAGCAUUCGAAACCAGAGAGCAUAUCUCCGUUAAUGCGUCAAUUUACAGCAGCGGGCGAAGCUGCUUGUAAUUCGGGAAGCGAGACCAUCUCGGCAUCAUUACGACGCUCGAAGGUAAAACUCCGUCGCGACGCCGACGGAAGAUCGAUGCGGUCGCGACGGCUUCACCGCAGAAAAUGGCGAUUCCGGCCGGCAGAAAUUUUGCCAGCUGCUACAUGGAACUGUGCAAGCAGCAACGAUUGCGCCCAUUGCCGGUGAUAUGCGUGAGCCUGCCGUACAGCCUAGACUUUACUACGGAUCGCAUCAAGAUGGACGAUUGGGGACCGAUCCUGAAUUCCCUCUCUCUCGAUCGUUCGCUCAGGGCGAUCAGCGUGCACAGCAGGUAUCAAUGUCGUAAACCGUUGGAGGAGGCAAACUCCGAAGACAAGGCACGAGCGAUGGGUAAGGCUCCGGUGGUCCUCACGCGCUACUUGUUAGAAUGGCUCUCGCAGAGCGUCGGCCAAUGCGUGAGGAACUCGUUCAACCUGACGCACUUGGAACUCGACGGUAUCCCCUUCCCGCCGGAUUGCAUCGCGGUGCUCUGUGUCGGACUUUCGGGAACGGAAACCUUGCAUCAUCUGUCCCUUCGACGUUGCUGUAUCGGUGACAACGGCUGCAAAAUGAUCUGCCGGACGAUCGCGGAUAUACGCAGCGUGAGGUCCCUGAAUCUCAGCCACUGUGAUCUCACGUCCGGUUGCGGUGGCGCGUUAGCGGCCGCGCUCUCCAGGCAAAAAUUGGCACUGUAUCACGACACCUGGAAGCAGUCGCUCAGAUAUCGCGAACCCAACUUGGAGACGAUGCCGGGGCUUCGUCGACUGACCCUCAACGACAAUCCGCAUUUCGGCAAUUGCGCGGUGAGAGAGAUCAUCGAAGCGACACGCGACAGUCUAUGGAUAAAAGCGCUGGAUCUUCAACGCUGUGGUCUGACGGACCAAAUAGGAGCGGAUCUGUUGAAUCUGCUGGAGCAGAACAACACGUUGGCCGUGCUGGACGUGAGAAGGAACGUCAAUCUGAACGAGGACCUCGCUGCAGAAGUAAUGAGAAGAUUGGAGGAGAAUAAUGCCGAGGGAAAAUCCGAAUACAAGUGGAUGGGAUCAGCGCCGAGGGAUCAGAGAACCGCUUCGGCCGAUACUCGAAAAGGUAGCGAGAACGAGGAUACCGCGAAGCCUUCGCGACCGCGAAGUGCCUUCAUUGGAUAUACGAGAAGAGCGCGUCAAGCAAUUGCUUCGAAGAGGACGGUUCUGCCGACCAAGAUGAAAUUUCGAGCGCUUUCGCCGCCAAUUCGCGACGCGACAUCAGCGACUGUUCAGCAAUGCAGUUUGCGGCCGCGAAUGAUCAACGGUAUACGAUCGGUGCCCAAAGUCUCCCUUCACCUGGACCUUCGGUCUCGCGUACGGCCCGCGGCGAAUCGGACUGAUUGCGACAGCGCGCAUCGACCGGAACGGGAAAAAGACGUUAUACGGUACUCCAACCGAGCAAGUCCGAGGAGCUUUGACCCUUCGGUCAAAAUGGAUGUCGGCACGCAAAGCGUGGAACAGGAAGAGGAGCAAAGGACGGAUCAACGGAACAUUUCGGAAGAGAUUCAGAGUACUCUUAAGCGACUGACGGAAGCCCGUGCGGAGCGCGAGCAUCUCCUCGAGGAGGUCAAACGAACAGAUCUUCUGCUGGUCGAGGAACGCGCUCGCCGCGAAAUCGCCGAGAUGAAACUGCGAUCUGCACAAGGCAACGUGAUCGAGCUGGAGUACGCCCUCAAGAACAAAGAGAACGAGACCAACGGUUACCUACUCGUUAGUCAACAAUUCUUGGACGAGAUAUGCCUCUCGUUUGACCGUCUUCUGAAGCUGUUGGAAAACCAAUCCGCCAAUCCUCCAUCCGACAGGGUAAAGGACUCGCAUGAGUUUGCGAGUGCCAUUGACAUUAAACGACGCCUAGCACACGUCAUCGGACAGACCAAAUCGGAGAAUUUGAAGAGAGGCUACAGGAUGAACGUUGAGCUGUCAAAGUGCGUCGGCGUGGACACCGCGAGAAAGUUUGUCAAGUCGGAGAGCGACGUGAGAUCGAUCCUGCCGAUUCCGGGGAUGCAUCUCGAGAAGAAGAUCGGCGAGGGACCGACGAACGAGCUGCGUCGUUAUCGCGAUGCCGACAAAUCGCCGAUAUCGCCCAGCGAGCGAGCCCGUGCGAUAUUCGCAAGUAUCGUCAGUGGGACGGUCGUGCUUGACUUUUGCUAGUUGAUCUUUCGAGACUGUGUGAAAAAUGCGGUAGAGCCUAUUCUCGGAGGUUUCGCGCAAAAUGUGUAUGUGUAUGUGUGUGUAUACAUACACAGGCACGUGUAUCCUUGUACAUGUAUUUUAUAUACAUGCAUGUGCGCGAGCGAAAAGCGUACACGCUGCCUUCUAUAUUACCGUAAAGUAAUUAUCGCAGCGCGCAACACAUUUACUGUAAGUCUUACACUGCAACUCGAACAUUAUAAACGUAUCUGAUUCAUACACGAGGAUGAUCCGAGCCGAGAUGAAAAAUGCAUUCAUUUCUAUGAAAUCGCGUUUGAUCGCUGCAACAUUCUUCCGAGUAAAAUAAAAGUGAUAGACGACGCGCGACGCGCGAAAUUGCUUAUUCGAGUAAAGAAAAUUAUAUGGGUUAAGUGUAUCAGUUAGUGUUUCUGGGUGAUCGGCAAAGUGUGUAAUCCAAAGACGAUGCCGGUUACUCGCAAGCAAGAUGAGGCAAGAUCGAUCGCUCGUGCAACGAGGAACAUGUAACGUCCUACAACCCGUUUAUAGCCACCUUCUUUUCUAACGCGUCUUUAUUGUACAUGGAAUAAAUAUUAUUUAUUAUUCUCGUAAAGGUUUGUUCGCAUUUCCUGCCGGGAACAACAGGUGAGAUCAUUUCCUCCGAUUAAGCCUCUGCGCGCCUCAUGUUUCCUCUUUGUUUCUUAAAAUACAACGUCUCUUGGAUAUCUCGUGAUAUCGACUCGAUAAGACCGACUACAAGUAAGACUAUCCUUAAGAUAAGAGCUGCCCUUCAAUAAUGCUGUCUCAGGUAGUGUGUGUUUUUGUGGGGUUUUGCAAAUUCAAAGAUAAAGAACGGACCAUGUUGGAAGAAAUGUGGGAUAGUAGGCUCGGCUUCGCCAAGGGAUCGAUCGCAUAACUCCGCUUGUGAGAACGGUGUAAUAACUCGUUGAAGACGACGCGCUAUACCACGUCGGGACGCCGACCGUCGCUUUUAACGUUCACCCCUUGGCGCUCUAUGGAUUUUCCAUUAGUUCCAACCUCGGCAGCCGGUUACCUGAAAAACGUAACGCCUACUCGGGCUACUAGUCAAAGGUAAUUUUUCAUGAUAGAUCACGCUUGGCGUGUCACCACACAACGGCGAAGGGUAAGCCUGGUGCGCAGCACAAGAUCAAACGUGCCAACAACGUCGCCGGUCCUCGUUGCUCUUGUCGUUGCACCCGUCGACAGGUGACUAUCGAUCGUCGUCUCCGUCCGUCGCUUACCGCUAAUUGACCGUGUCUAAGUUGAAAUUUCGUAGAGCCUUUAUGACACGGUUCACAAGUGUGCGCCAACAUUCAACACUCCUGCCCUUUCGACAUAACCGUCGCUCGAGAUUCGCUAUCGAUUUAUGCGAACGGAGGAACGCCGUACAGUCGUCAAUCGAGCCUCGAAUCGAGGAUUUCUUGAUGAAAUAUUAUCAGCAAUUCUAUUCUCCUCCGCUUUUAAAUGAAAGCAAGGACGAACGAUAGUCAGGCUUGAUGGGAAAAGUUGCAAAAGUAAAAACAAUUAAUUGUC